UAUCUAACAUAACCUUCAUAUAAACUUACUAUUUGUUUUUUACCACAACAUUUUCGAACUUUUUAAAUUUUGUAUUUUUUUUUAAACGAUGGCGGGACCGACUAAGAAGCCGAAAAAGCCAUCAGCCCCAGAAUCGGAUAAUGAAUCUAUGAGCGAGGAAAGCGAGUCUGGAACUUAUCAUGGUCAACAAGAAGUUCAAGCGACUUUUGAAGGUCGCAAUCCGGAGGGUCAGGACUUCCAUGGAAUAAAACAACUGUUACAGCAGCUAUUUCUAAAGGCUCAUAUUGAUCUAUCUGAGAUGAGUGACAUGCUUAUUUCUCAGUCUGGCUUAGGUUCCGUUCUAAAGCAAAGCGCAAAUGAUAGUGACGACGAAGAUGAUAUGGAAUUAUCAGAAGAGUGUGAUGUGUUUGGCAUAACCAGUCUUAUUAAUUUGACUGUCCACAAAGACAAAGAGUGUGUUAAGCAAUUUUAUAAUCUUCUAGAAGAGUUUAGUUUAAAACAUAGUGGUAAAGAAAUCCAAGAGACUGUCAAAACCAUAUUAAAUCAGUCAUUGAAAGUUUGUUUCCUGAUUAACGAAAGGUUCGUUAAUAUUCCAGCCAAAAUAUCUGCUGUCAUGUUAAGUUCAUUGUAUAAUGAAUUGCAGAGAAUAACAAAAAAAGAUCCAUCCUACAAUUUUCAAUAUUUUGUGAUGAUUUGCAAGACCUGUAGGCCUAAAGGGGAUAAAGAGGGUGAGGAAAUUUAUUCAAAUGAUGAAGAGCAAAUUUUCACAAAAUCAGCAGAAAUCACAUUUGAUUUUAGUGUUGAAACUGAAUCAGAUAUUGGUUUAGGAGGUCGUUGGCUAUCUGAAGAUAAACAGAUGGUGCCAUAUCGAAGGGUAGUUAUAUUUAAAGGUGAUAAACUAAAAAGCAUUAUCAACGAAAUAACUGUUUUGGUGCAAUAGUGUUUUUUUGGUAUAUUAAAAUGAAAAGGAAAAUGUGCAUUUAUUUUCAAUUU